ACUAACCUUUGCUUUCGUGGGUGUACCGAUGUCCAUCAUAAGUAACACAGUCUCCCACAAAUUCACAAGACUUCAACAAGUAAAGGAAUAUAUCUUCAAUGGUUUAAUGCCUCCCAUUCACUGGGAGGCCGCAAGGAAAGGAAUAAGUGUUACCCGUGUCAGCUGCAGUUCUCUGACACUAGCAGUAGCGAGUGGACUAAGUUCUCGAUUUCAAGAUCAAAUUACUUAAGGAUACUACUUAUCAGAAAAGAUGGCAUUUUCUAAACCUACACAUAUUAUUUAUAAUCUUGUAGGAGCAUAUUUUGAAAGUCUUUACGAAAAUCCACUUAAAACGAAAGCGCUUACUAGCUGUGUGAUCGCCACAUUGGGUAAUUUGGCUUCGCAAAGGUUGUCUGGAGUGAAAUAUCUUAACCAGGAUAGUCUUAUUGCAUUUGGUCUAUUUGGACUUCUCUUUGGUGGAACGAUACCUCAUUACUUUUAUAAGUAUGUUCAGUCGAUCACAAGGAACCCACUGGGCAUUCUGCUUAUAGAAAGACUCAUGUAUACACCGUGUUUCCAAGCACUGUCUUUAUAUCUGCUUGCUAGAUUUGAGGGACACUCUGAUGAAGUGGCACGGAAACAAGUUGAAAAACUUUACUGGCCAAUACUUACUGCCAAUUGGAAGUAUUUAACAUUGCUGCAAUUUAUAAAUAUUAAAUUUGUGCCACCAAUGCUACAAGUUUUGGUGGUCAAUCUUAUAGGAUUCUUAUGGGUCAUCUUCCUAGCAAACAAACGAGCAAAAGUUCAAAGAUCCACCAGAGGAUAAUACAAAAUUCUGUUCACUUAAUGCAACAGCAUACUUGUCAUAAUAAUAUUUUUGUAUACUUAUUGCAACCAUUACUAUAAGCUUGGAGUAGAGGUAGCAAUAUUCUUUUACUCGUAUUUGACAUAAGAUAUAAUUACACUGUGCCAAUUUUACAUUCCACUUUGAAGAAAAUUAGUAAGUACCAAACGUUCUUCUCAUCUUCAAAACUCAACAAAUUUCUAUGGUUUAAGAUGAUUAUCUAUUGUAUAUAAUCGUAUUGUUAAUAAACUGUUAAAUGUUGAAACUGCA